GCAGACCAGCCCACUGCCUUCGCUCGGUACAACAAGCCGAACGCCAUCUUUAUCUGACAGCCAAACUAUCGGAGCCGUGGGAAGAAACUGGGUCAAGCGCGCGGGGAAAGCGAACACUUUUAAAAACACCGCUUGUCAAGCUUCGGUCGGUGUUUUGCAACCCGGCGUUUUACUCCACGCACCGUGUUGUCCUAUGGUCCAAUGUGUUUAGUCGGUCUGCCAGCUCGUACGCAGUUUUCUUGUGUCGGUCCCGGUUGAGUGAUCGUCUAUUGUGACCAACAGUAAACGGAGGGAGAAGCAGGUAGGAAGAGACGGCGUCCAGCGCUGCUUUGCCGCCGAACAGGGAUGAAACGAGUUCUCCAAGGGAAUGAGCAGGAGGACGCAGGUGGCACCAGUAGCGGGUCUCAGGAGACUCUUAAACGGCCUCGUAAGCAGGGGAAAGAUAAAGAGUCGACGGAGGAGGAAUCCUGCUGGGAAUGUUUGCCACAGGAGAUCUUGCUCCACAUCUUCCAGAACCUGCCUCUGCUUGACAGGGCUUAUGCGUCUCAGGUGUGCAGGGGGUGGAAUCAAGCUUUUCACAUGCCAGAGCUGUGGCGAUGUUUUGAGUUUGAGUUGAACCAGCCAGCCAGCUCCUACCUGAAGGCUACACACCCAGAUCUCAUCAAGCAGAUAAUCAAAAGGCACUCCAACCACCUGCAGUAUGUUAGCUUCAAGGUCGACAGCAGCAGAGAGUCUGCAGAGGCAGCUUGUGACAUUCUCUCUCAGCUUGUUAAUUGUUCUUUGAAAACACUUGGGCUCAUCUCCACUGCAAGGCCCAGCUUCAUGGAACUGCCCAAGUCUCAUUUCAUCUCGGCGCUGACCGUGGUUUUUGUCAACUCCAAAUCCCUAUCGUCGCUGAAGAUUGAUGACACACCGGUGGAUGACCCCUCACUUAAAGUCCUGGUGGCCAAUAACAGUGACACACUCAAACUGCUGAAAAUGAGCAGUUGCCCUCAUGUUUCACCAGCAGGCAUCAUGUGUGUAGCUGAUCAGUGUCAUGGCCUGAGAGAACUGGCGCUCAACUACCAUUUGUUGAGUGACGAACUUCUCAUCGCUCUCUCCUCAGAGAAGCACGUUCACCUUGAGCAUCUUCGCAUCGACGUUGUUAGUGAGAAUCCUGGCCAGCAGUUUCACACCAUAAAGAAGAGCAGCUGGGACGCCAUGGUUCGUCACUCUCCUAAAUUUAAUCUGGUCAUGUACUUUUUCCUAUAUGAGGAUGAGUUUGGUCCUUUUUUCCGCGAUGAAAUUCCCGUCACACAUCUGUACUUCGGCCGCUCUGUCAGUAAAGACGUGCUGGGCCGUGUUGGGCUCACCUGCCCACGCCUAGUGGAGUUGGUGGUGUGCGCCAACGGUCUGCGUCCACUCGAUGAAGAGCUCAUCCGCAUCGCCCAGCACUGCACGCAGCUUUCUGCUAUCGGCUUGGGAGAGUGUGAAGUGUCCUGCAGCGCGUUUGUGGAGUUUGUCAAAAUGUGUGGAGACAGACUGUCGCAGCUAUCCAUCAUGGAGGAAGUACUGGUUCCAGAUCAUCGCUAUGGGCUGGAUGACAUCCACUGGGAGGUGUCAAAGCAUUUGGGUCGUGUAUGGUUUCCAGACAUGAUGCCGACAUGGUAGUGCGCUAUGAAAAGGUUUCAUUUGCUUGAGUGUCUAAAUGUGUGCGCAUAUGCACAUGUUCAUCAUUGUGCUGAUUUAGUUUCUGCAACACUUUCUUUUAUUGACAUCUUUUUGAGUUUUAAUCUAAUAUAAACAUAUUUGUAACAUAAAUGUCAGCUUCAACAUCUUUUUCCAUGUAAAAAAUGUUUAUAUUUAUAUUAAUAUUUAUGUCUAAAUUCAUUUGUCUUGUGACUCACAGUAAGGACCUUGUUCUCAUAGCCCUUUUUAUGGGCUGUGAGGCACUGCAAAUAUGUAGUGUUUUCAAUGGUGCCACUUUUUAUGGGAAAUAAAAGGAAUGUAUGGGGAUAAUUUGGACAUUCAAGAAUGAUUUAGCAUAAAUAGACUGCAACCAUAUUGUGUUUGGGAACAUAAGUUGGCAUUCACAGUAGCAGGUUUAUUCCACACAGUUUCAGUCUUUGAGAUCAGGCUGUGGUGGCUCGCAAAACGGUCUUUGGUUUGGUCGUGUGAUGGAAGAAUGGGGAUGAUCACCAGUAUAAGCUAUUAUAUUUGAUGAUUUUGAGUUAUGUACCUGGUCUUGAAAGCAGUAUCACGGAUUCCAGGUUGAAUCCAAACCUUUACUUUUACUCAGUGAAGGAUGAUAGUUAACAAGAUGUCAUAAAUUAUAUUGAUGAGUGAUUGUAAAUUUUGAGUUUGGUAUCUAAAGGGUGACUUGGCCAAGUUUCAGUUUUUUGUACAUGUAAAUUAAAACUUUUGUUUGUUUUUUCAUCACACAACAGCAGAUAAAUAUUUUACUAUAUAAAUGUUUAGUAACAUUUAUACACAUGUACUCUGAAAACUACUACACAACUUUACCAGUUGCAAAUGGGUGAAGCUGUUUUUAUCACCUGCCUUUGUCACAUUCUGGUGUUCUUCAUCACUGACGUUCCUGAGAAAUUAGAUUGGCAAAUUAAAUUUGAAACCUAAAAAUUAAACUGCUUAGUUCAUAGCACAAGCAUUCCCCAUCCUAAUUAACUAUAUAAUUAUCAGUUGAUCUAAGAGAGAUAUUUUUUAGCUUUUGUAAAACUGUUUUAGAUGAGUUAAAAUUGGCAAAAUAUAUUUUUUGUGCAUUAUAAUUGUCUCUCCUGAUUUUAUUUUUAUUGGUUUUAUUAAACAAUUAUAAACUCAGUGGAGACACAUCUGCCUUUUAAAUUAUGAUCAACUGACAGACAAAACAAGUGUUGUGCUAAUUAAUUAACUUUGAAUAUAUUGUCAUUAUUAUGGAUUUUCAUACAGAAACAGUUAGCUAUGUAAUACAACAUGGAUAAUUUCAGCAUAAAUACUGAUUGUGUUGUUUUAGGUUUAUCAUGUAUUUUAAACUUUGUGUUUAUUUAAUGUAGUAACUGUUUUUAUUUUAUUGGAAAAACGUGAACAUUGAGAUUCUGGUAAGGUUGCACAGCCCUGAAGAAAGACAAUGUGGCAUCUGAAUGUUGAUAAGUAAAUGUUGCCUGAAUGUUUAAGAUUGAAAUAUGUACGUGUUGUUUAUGUUUUGUUACAUGAAAAUUGUGAUAGAACGUUCAAAGGUGGACCUGGUAAAAGCUGUCAUCCUUGAACAGUGCAAUGAAAGAGACCUGUAAAUGAUCCUGUUCAUUUGAUGAAUUAUGCAUAACUGUCUUACAUGGUUAAUAUUUUUUUUUGCAUUAUAUUGGAAAACACUAAAGAAAAAAAAAAUCUAAAUCCCAUCAAUAUUUUUUUGGUUGUUGCCCUUUAAUCGGGAAACCUUGACCAUGUCUUCUUUUCAUGUUUCUGCUUCAAGGCGUGGCAAUUGACUUUAUCCUUUACUGUUUACAGUACAUUUUAUUGUGUAUUUAUAGAAACACGCCAUCUGUUGGUUAAUAUUAGCCAUAUUUGUACUCCAUGUUUAUAAAUGAAUAUUGUAAUAUUCAAGCAUAAGCCAUGUAAGUUCUGCAGUUUCUUAUAGUGUACAGUAAAGUGUGUUGUUUUGAUUUUAGCUAGACAAAGCUGCAUCGUACAGAAAUUUGUUGGAAGGAUCUCUUAUACUUUUCCCAAAGAUAUGUAAUAUUUCAGUAAAUGUUCAGAGCAGUAUAAAAACAUGAAUGAGGAUUUCUGCUUUUGAACCAUAAAAACAACACUGUUUGCUUUAAUAAGGUUGAUAUAUUGUUUUUUGUAGUUUUAGUUAUAAGACAGUGGAGGUUGUUAGGUCAUGUAUUAACACAUUUACAAAAAGUAGCACAAACUAUCAUAGGGAGUACAAAUGUAAAGUAUUAUACAUUCAGUAUUAAUUGUGUGCUCAUUCAAUACCUAAAGAAUUUAGCUCUGCGUGUUUAUGUCCACAGUCAUGCUGUGUGUGUGUAGCUUUAUUUUUUUGGAUUAAUGUUCAGUCAGAUAUAUCAGGAAUAUUAUUAAUUUUGCAGAUUUCACCAAAUUCAAGCUCUGACCAGGUGAUGGUGCUAAAAGUCAGGGCAUCAUCAACUUUUAUUCAGUAUGAGCUUAACAAAGAAACAAAUGACAAAUCAUUCUGCAGCUGCCAAGAAAGUUGUGGACACACAACCUUCGCUUUUCUGCUUAAUCAGAAUAAUAGACAUGACAGCGACUUUAUUAUGAGCCAGCCAAUUUCAUUUUCAAGCUUUUAUGUAUUACUAUAUGUACUAUUGCAAUCUGAGCACUGACUCCCUAUGACUGUCUGUUAAAAAGAAUCCAAAACCUAAAUAAACCUGUCACCUUUG